CCACGUUCGGUUGAGCUCCAAGUAGACCAGCGGCAGCGGCGGCGGCAGCGGUGCCGGAGGCGCAGAGGGCGGCGCAGGCGGAGCCGGGCGGGCGCGCGAGCGAGCCAGCGGGCGGCCGGGCCGGCGGGCAAGCGGCGGCGGCAGCGGCACCCCAGGCCGAGCCGGCGCGGGAGGAGUUCCAGGGCGAUGGGGCCGCGGCCGGGGCUGACGCUUUGACAGCUGGAAAGAGCGCGGAGCCAGCGCCUGGGGGGGAGGGAGGGGAGCGCGGCGAGAGGAGCGCGAGCGGGCGAGCGAGCGAGGCCGGGGAGGGGGCCGGGAGCGAGGGGACAGCUCGGGAGCAGCCGGAGCGGUAGCGGCGGCGGCGAGGCUCGGCGCCCUCUUCUCUGCAAACCAUGUUUGCCAAAGGCAAAGGCUCGGCGGUGCCCUCGGACGGGCAGGCUCGGGAAAAGUUAGCUUUAUACGUCUACGAAUAUUUACUGCACGUAGGAGCACAGAAAUCUGCACAGACCUUCUUGUCAGAGAUUCGAUGGGAAAAAAACAUCACGUUGGGAGAACCGCCUGGGUUUUUGCACUCGUGGUGGUGCGUAUUUUGGGACCUUUACUGUGCAGCUCCUGAAAGGCGAGACACUUGUGAACAUUCGAGUGAAGCAAAAGCCUUUCAUGAUUACAGCGCAGCAGCCGCCCCGAGCCCCGUGCUUGGCAACAUUCCCCCCAACGACGGGAUGCCGGGAGGCCCCAUCCCGCCAGGUUUCUUUCAGGGUCCUCCGGGGUCACAGCCCUCGCCGCACGCACAGCCUCCACCUCACAAUCCCAGCAGCAUGAUGGGACCCCACAGUCAGCCUUUUAUGUCACCGCGAUACGCAGGCGGCCCCAGGCCCCCGAUCAGAAUGGGAAACCAGCCUCCAGGAGGAGUUCCUGGGACCCAGCCACUGCUGCCCAAUUCCAUGGAUCCCACCCGACAACAAGGGCACCCCAACAUGGGAGGAUCAAUGCAGAGAAUGAACCCUCCCCGAGGCAUGGGACCCAUGGGGCCCGGCCCACAGACUGACCCUUGGUUAUCGUUGCAGAAUUACGGCAGCGGCAUGAGACCACCACCCAACUCCCUCGGCCCCGCCAUGCCCGGGAUUAACAUGGGCCCGGGAGCUGGCAGACCCUGGCCAAAUCCUAACAGUGCUAACUCAAUUCCAUACUCCUCCUCAUCACCUGGUACCUAUGUGGGACCUCCUGGCGGUGGUGGCCCCCCAGGAACACCCAUCAUGCCUAGUCCUGCAGAUUCAACAAAUUCCAGUGACAACAUCUACACAAUGAUUAAUCCGGUGCCGCCUGGAGGCAGCCGGUCCAACUUUCCGAUGGGUCCAGGCUCGGACGGCCCGAUGGGAGGCAUGGGCGGCAUGGAACCACACCACAUGAACGGAUCGUUAGGGUCAGGUGACAUAGAUGGACUUCCAAAAAAUUCUCCUAACAACAUAAGUGGCAUUAGCAAUCCUCCAGGCACCCCUCGAGACGAUGGUGAGCUAGGAGGGAACUUCCUCCACUCCUUCCAGAAUGACAAUUAUUCUCCAAGCAUGACGAUGAGCGUGUGAUCCCCUCCUCUUCUCCGAGACGCUGAGAGAGCCGGCAUUGCAGGCGGGAAGAUGCCAGAAAUUAUGCAAGAAGAAGUGAGGUGUCAUUACCCAGGAGCUGGGGGAGGGGCAUCUCCCUGCUCCCCCUCAGCCCCCACCCUCCUCCUCCAGUCCCCCCCACCUGUCCCAAUUUUAGUUUCAUGCAAUAAAAAGGCCAAACUUUUUAUUCCAUAAAACAUGAAGGACAAAACUCAAAAUAAAAAUAUAUUUCAAGUCAAUGACCAGAAAAAUCCCACCCCUUGCCCUUUCCCAAAAGGACCUUUUAUGUACAUGACACUUUUUUGUUGUUUUUUUUGUUUGUUUGGGGUUUUACCGUUACUGGGAUUUUUUAAUUUGUUUUCAGGGGGGUUUUUUGGGGGGAAAAAUUUUUAAAAAUGGAAGCUUCUAGCAAGUCCCACACCCACCCCACCCCAAUCAACCUCUUUGCUUUCUUCUUUAAAAAAAAAAAAAAAAUAGAAAAAAAGAAAAAAGGACCAAAAAAAAAAAAAAAAAAGCCCUGCUGUCUGUCUGUACCCAAGCCCUUCCACCAGGAAAGCUAGUCUAGGUGUGAGAUCUCACGCUGUCUUUGUAGCCAUCCAAAAAUAAUAAUAAUAAUAAUAAACUGGGCAGUUUACAAUCGGUGGUUUCUUUCAAAAGGCCUUUUUUGGAAAGAGACAAGAAAGUCCCCUUUCUCCACUUGGGGUUUUCGGUUUGUGCGGAUGGGCAAGCAAGGGGUGGGAACCUGUUUUGUUUUCGCUUGGUUUCUCCCGGCGAGGUGGCCUCAGCAGCUGCACAACUGGGACCCCAGAACCACCCCCUCCCGUAUGUGGCCCGAGGGGCCAGACCACCUGACCGCUUUCAGGACUCCGCCACAGCGGAGACUCGCUGUGACCCGGUGGCAUGCACUGUGUUCCCAGGACUGCUUCCUCCUCUCUCUCUUCUGGACCUUCCCCUGCCCGGCCUCCCUGCCGCUCCAGCCCUCUCCUCAGCCCCCACCCCAGUCUUCCCAGCGAGAAUCCUGCCAGCUGGGUGGUGGCCUGGACGGAGCGCAGUGGGGGAGGCCGCCCCCAACAGGAUGGCUAUGACCUGGGACAUGGCAACCGUGACCCCCGCGUUCUCGCCCCGUGGCCCUGGCUCGCAUCGUCCUCGUCGUGUGUGCUCGUGUGUGCGGGCACUGUAGGGCUGGAGUUUGGGUUUCCUUUUGUUUUGGGUUUUGUUUUUUGUUGUUUUUUUUUUUUUCUCUUGAUUCUUGCUUCUUUUUCAAAGAUGGGAAUUGACCAGAAUUGCUCUGUAUACGCUUGGAACUGGAUGGAAAGACUUUGGAAUAGCUGUUGGGGGGGCGGGGGACACCAACAACCAAACAGACGUGCUGUUUCCGGUCCUGUUUUUAUUUUCAAAAACCGACAAAUGCGACAGUGGAGCCUGUCCCCUCCCAGGAGGGGUGACUCAUGGCCUCCCUCACCUCACUACCCCCAUCGAACCUCUGUGUCUUGCCCUGAAGACACCCGAAUUCUUUGUACAUUUACAGCCCCUCCUCCCUGCUCCCCUGUAGCUGCUGUUUGUUUUCCUCCCUCCCCUUCCUGAUCCAUGUAUAUCAUACUAUGUGAGAUACCAUCUGCCUGAAAAAAGACCUUGUGCGGAUUAUUGGGAACAUUGUAGCUGUUUCUGUGUUUUUUCUUACCUUGUAGUCUGGUUCUGAAUUAAGAGAGGAAAAAAAAAGUAAUUAUGAUACAUUGUAGUUUGUGUACGAUAUAUGUUGAUAACGUUUUAUUAAAGGGACAUCUUUUUUCCGCA